CCGCCGUCCCCUUGCUGGCCCUGCUGCUGCUCUGCUGCUCGCCGGCUCGCCCGCUCUGCUCCGGCCUCUCCUGGCUCCUGGUCUGCUGGAUUGGUAAAUGAAUAAAAGAUGAAGCGGUAUUUUUCAUCCGUGGCAGCAAUAGAAGUGUCUACACCCGGGGUUUUAGCCGGAGGAAAUGAAGGGGCUGAGAGGAGUGAAGCAACUCCAGAAAAUGAAACCAAUGCAGAAAUGGGACCACCGCCUUUGACUUCAAACAACCCGCCUUCAAUCUCAACUCGAGAAAGUAACAUUCCAGAUUCUGCUCGUGGUCAACUGAGGGAAGGUGAUAUUCAACCUGAUCCUGGUCUUAGGAAACCUAUUGAAAGCUUAGAUCCGUACAUUAGAGAUGUCGCUAGAAGGAUGUAUGUAAAUAUGGGUCCAUGCCAACCAACUGGGCAUAAAUUUAAAAAAGAAACUAGAGGAUCAUCUUUGAAAAAGAGAUCCUUUCAAGCUAAAUGGUUCGGGAAGCAUUCCGAUUGGUUGGAAUAUAGUGUUGCUAAGGAGGCGGCCUUUUGUUUCUAUUGCUUUCUUUUUAAGCAACCUAGAGCAGAAAACUAUGGUGUUGAGGCAUUCACAACAGUAGGGUUUAAAAAUUGGAAGGAUGGACUUAGUAUUAUUGAUACACAUGUUGGUAAACAUGAUAGUGCUCACAAUAAAGCUAGACAACAAUAUGUGGCGUUCAAAAAUCAAAGACAAUCCAUGGUAAAUGUGCUCGAUCGUGGCACCAAAAAGAGCGAAGAAGAAUAUAGAGCUCGUCUUGUCAUUAUUUUGGGUGUUAUCAGAUUUCUUCUAUUACAAGCUCUUGCUUUUUGUGUUCAUGAUGAGAGCUCGAGCUCAAAGAAUAGGGGGAAUUUUUUGGAGAUGAUGGAUUGGUACAGGGAGAAGGAUUCAAAUGCUAAGACUUUGCUUGAUAGUGCGGGCGGGAACCAUUUGAUGACUUCACAUGGGAUACAAUUGCAACUGUGUCAAGCUUGUGCAGAAGAGACCACCAAAGCAAUUAUUGAUGACAUUGGAGAUAGAAAUUUUUCUUUACUUGUUGAUGAGUCCAGAGAUGCAUUAAUAAAGGAGCAAAUGGCUAUGGUUUUAAGGUAUGUCGAUAAACAUGGGUAUGCGAUUGAGAGGUUCAUUGGGAUUAAGCAUGUUGGUGACACAAGGGCAGCUUCUCUAAAAGCAGCUUUGGAUGGUAUGUUUCUUAAACAUGGCUUGUCUAUGUCUAAAUUGAGAGGGCAAGGUUAG